AUGACAACAAACCCAAAAGAUGUGUUACUCGAAAUAUCAGACAGUGCACAUCUUUGCAGGAUUUGUUAUGAAGAAUUUAAUGAUCGAUCAAAAGUGUCAAGAAUUCUUUCAUGUGGCCAUUCAUUUUGUACAGAAUGCCUUCUUGCCGUAGUUCGUGCUUCAAAUUCAUCUUUUCCUAUUUGCCCGGAAUGCCGAAAACUUACCAAACAAACAGUUCUCUCACUUCCAGUUAACUUUCAUUUCAUGCGUAAGUAUUUCGUAAUCUUUUAUAUUAUAAAGGCAUCCAAAAAAGACUCAUCCAGAUGAAAUGAAUGUCAUUUUGCUGUUUUUAUGACCCCAGAUUAAAAAGGAAAAAAGAAAAAUGAGUUCGAAUUUUUUUAGAAAUGGUUCGAAAAAUGGGUCUUUCUGUUGAUUCACCCGAAGAAGAAGUUUCUUCAACAGCUGCAACAACUGGAAGAGAAGAUCAACCAUUGGGAGAACUUGAAAUGCACAAUCGACUAGACGAAUUGAGUAUGCCAGAACUAAUUGGUAAGUAAGAGGUUUUCAAAUGCAAAAAAAAAUAAGUUUAAAAUUUAAGGUCAAUUUCGCACAAUUUUGGCGUGCAUGAAAGACAAAACGUCACAAGGAAUGUAUCAACACUAUUCAUAUGGAGAAAAUAAUUUUCGUAAGUUGAAUAUUAAAAUAAUUGGCUUCGUCAAUAUUUGAAAACAUUUGAAGCUUUAUCUAUAUGCAUGGACAAAAUACGCGAAAUUGACGAGGCAGUUGAUGUCAUCGAAAACUCUCUAACAAUGUUUAGCGAUGACGAAGAUGAUAAUUUCCAAUUUGAAGAAGAAGAAGAAGAUGAUGAUGAAGAAGAGGAUCCUUACGACACGGUACAUUUUUGUUAUUGUAAUCUUAGAGUUGCAUACAUCAUAACAUAUCACUAUGAUUUUAACUAUCUCUACUAUUAUAACUCACCUCCACCUCUUCGUCCUGUUAUUACUUAUCCAACCCAACCCACUUAUUUAUUCCAGGAUGGAACAUCGAGUCAACAUUACGGACAUUUGUGAGUUUAUAAAUAAUCAGAAAAUGAAAAAAGGUAAAUGGUUUUCAAUUUUCAGAAUGUCUGCAUUUGGAAAUAUGAAUGUUGGUCAACGUGAUAUUGUUUAUCCUGAAAAUAUAUCCGAUUGGGCAGAAUCACUUGAUGAUGAAAGCAGAUAUACAGCUGAUGUAUUUACAACGGUUUGUUAUUUUGAUUCAUUGCAAAAUUAAUUUGAAUUUAAUUUUUUGAAGGAUACAAAUCCAAAUGGUCAAGCCGUUCUUCGUUGUUCAGUUUGUGAAUGCCAAGUUCCAUUGGGAUCCGAAGGUUCACAUCUUGGUGGUAGACGACAUGCACAUAAUUCGGACAGGUCAGAAUUAACUCCCUCGGUUUUUCAAAUUAAUAAUAAAAUAUUUUCAGACGUCUUCAAAAUCUGCCGCCAGUUUCAAUUGACCAAUGGAAUGCAAGAUUCCGUCGCCGGCAGGAUAGAAAUAAUCACAAUUUCCAAUAUCCGAUUCCUCCUCCACCACCGCCACACUUUUUCAAUCAAGGUCCAUCAAAUAAUUGGAGUCUAUGA